GCAUGUUAAAAAUAUAGUCACAUGUCAAGCUUCUUCACGCCUGUGAUUGGUGAUACUUGUCGGUCUCAGUUGGCAAAUUUCGAUGUUUUGCGCGGAGCCAACAGUGAUUUUUAUUCACAACAAACGAAGGAAUCUGUAUUUAAUUUCACUGGCGCUUCAUCCUAUCCCCCAUCAGGUUCCAACUUGACAUUUAGUGAAAAACACAAGCUAAAACCCCCCGAGGUCACAGAGAGCGAUGUGCCGCCCCGAAAAGUUCGCAUUAACGAAGCUAUGAUAUCCAGUCACUUUGCUGAAAUGCGUUUAACCGGUGUCGACAUGGCCAGCACUUCGACCGCACCUCCAAUGGUGAUGACGGAUCUGUCUUGUAUUCCCUAUUCCACAGCUUACGGAGCCGAUUGUGAUGUGCCCGUCGAAUCUCCCGAUGAGAUGGAGAAAUAUAAUGGUGAAAUCCAAUCUGUCAGAUUAUCCAAGUGCCUAAAGGAUCAUCUGAAAAAGUAUCCUGUCAAUUGCCCCGAACAGGACGUUAUGACGCAUAUCUGGACUCCCCAACGGACACUGGCUCUUGUUCCAUAUAAUCCUGAUGCCGUGCCACCGCUCUUUCGCGAGAAGCUGAACGCGCAUUCAGAAGCCCCAGAUUCAGACGAAGAGAGCGAACCAUUAGUUGCCAUGGAAACCACUGAAUGGUAGUCACCCGGCCUUUACUUUGUACACCUCUUACUCUACUUUUCACCGCACGCGCUCGUGCAUCCUGUGUAUGGUAUCCAGUUGUUGAACCCUGCAGAAAUCGUAUUUUUGUAGACUUCACACUCUUAAAUGUUUCACCCCUUUCCAUUUUCUUUUUAUCAGCCUACGUGAAUUCUGAGCUGAACAAUCACAGCUAUUUUCACUUCAGAACGCUCACCUUUUCGGCCGGCUAUUAUCGCAUGCCGGUCGAAGGUGAGAGUUCAAAUUGUCCGUUCGGUUUUCUAUUUUAACUGGUCAGCACAAUCUUUGUUUAUUUUCAAGUCCGUUUGCUUCGACGACAACUCAAAAUUUGCCACUCGACUUCGCAUAUGUUGCCGACGCACAAGCAGAAUCGAGGUUGUUUCAAGCCACUGCGCCUCUGCGUGUUGUGUGGAUGACUACGAACGUUCUCCUAUUUCUGUGACCUUCUGUAAAUACAUAAAUUAUGUAUUCUGAUUUUCGACAA